AUGCCAAAAAUUCAAAUUUUUCAUUUUAAUGAUGUUUAUCACCUUAAACCACAAAAACAAGAGCCUAUUGGAGGAGUAGCAAGGUUUGCCACCGUGGUAAAACAAUUCCGAGAAAAAUAUGGCGUUGAAAAUUCUUGUGUAUUGUUUAGUGGAGAUGCUUUCAACCCAUCGGUACCAGCAAUGAAUGGACUUGGCAUAGAUGUAGCUUGUUUAGGCAAUCAUGAUUUUGAUUUUGGUUUGCCUACACUCAAAAAAUUGAUUAUGGAAACCAAAUUCCCAUGGUUGCUCUCCAAUGUUCUUAACUCUGAAACUGGUGGCCCGAUUACUGGUGGGGAAAAAUGGAUUAUUUUAGAAAAGAAUGGAUUAAAGAUUGGGAUUAUUGGAUUAGUUGAAAAAGAGUGGUUAGAAACAAUUCCUGGACUUCCACCAAGUUUGGAAUACAAAGAUUUUAUUACAGUUGGAAAGGAACUUGCAACAGAAUUACGCGACAAUCAUGCUGUCGAUCUUGUAAUUGCAUUGUCACAUUCACGGCUGCCAAAUGACAUUAUGUUGGCUAAAGAGUGUAAAGAUGAAAUUGAUUUGGUUCUUGGAGGUCAUGAUCAUUUCUAUUAUUUAGGAAAAGGUUGUGACGUGAUUAAGAAUUGGACAAGAGACGACAAUAUUGGAGGAAGUGAAGGAGAUGAUGGUGUACGUGUAGUAAAAAGCGGGACAGAUUUCCGAGAAUUGACUAUUUUAGAACUUGACGUUGAUGAUGUUGAUAAUAGAAAAAAGAUCAAAACUUUGACCGCAACACGCCAUGAGGUAAAAUCCUCAAUUGAGGAAGAUCAAGAUUUGGUCAAAUUAAUUGAAGAAGCUACAUCUGAAAUUACGGCCAAAAUGUCAAAACCUGUAGCAUAUACAAUGACACCUUGGGAUUGCAGAUCAAUAUCACUUAGGACUCAAGAAACAGCAUUUGGAAAUUUUGUUGCUGAUCUGAUGCUUUACGCUUAUCAGCCGUGUAUCAGUUACAAUAUUGAUUGUGCAAUUUUAUGUGGUGGUUGUAUAAGGUCAGACUUGCUUUAUCCACCAGGUGAAAUCACUUUAGGUGAUCUAUUAGAGAUAUUUCCUUUUGAAGAUAAUGUGGUUGUUGUACGUAUUACAGGUCAACAAAUCUGGGAUGCAUUGGAAAAUGGCGUUUCAAUGGUGCCAAAACAAGAGGGUAGAUUUCCUAUUGUAAGUGGAUUAAAAGUCGAAUAUAAUCCUAAAACUGAACCAUUUAAACGUUUGCGUAAUGUCUGGUUGACUGAAAGAAAAUCAUCCGAAGAAGAUGCGGAAUUAGCUGAAGAUCCCGGACCACAUAAUAUUAUCGGAAAACUUGAUAUGAAAAAAACAUAUACUGUUUGCACAAGAGCAUAUAUUGCAGCCGGAUAUGAUGGAUUCGAAAGUUUUAAGGAGCCAACCACCAAAUAUCUUAUAGAUGACGAGAAUGGAAUUACUCUUUCCACCCUUAUCCAUAGAUAUUUCAUAGGACUUUAUUACAUCAGUGCAAUCAAAUUUAACAUGAGUUGUGAGGAUCAUACCAAAGAAUCAGUACUCCAUGCCUUUGAGAAAUGGAAAAAAUUAGCAGAAUCAAAACGUGAAAAAUCAGCCUAUAGUCAUAUUUCACGUCAUAGCAUCAAAAAUGCUUUAAAUUUAUCUUUGGGCGAAACGAUCAAAGCUAAGUUGGAAGAGACACCAGUUGAUUCUGAAUCACAAACUAGGACCGAUUUUGUUAAAGACUGGGUUACUGUUGCCCCAAUGCUUGAAGAUAGAAUAGUAGUGGUGGAUUUUUGA